AAACCUGUGAAAGGCUUUGGGCGCUGUUCAUUACAUAGACGGUAGCCGCCUACACUGACCUGGAUAUCUAGAUGAGGAUCACUCUACUGACUCCUUUAAAUAUAAUGGAUUUUAGGACGACAAUGCAUCGUUUUUGUGCUCAACCUCAACGGAUAGGCCUUCGUCUUGAAGGCGUCUGCAUGGCAAGUGUGAUGUUCCUCUGGUCUGCUGAAUUGUGACGCGAGGAAGGGCUUGCUUAGCAGCCUAAUGGACAGUAUCGAUGACUUAGCAACCAACACCAGGACUGAAUAGCCUCUUUGUGCAAUUUCGAGAGUUUAUUGUCUCUAUUUGCCCCCGCCUGCUUCUCUAUUUGCUGACUGGAACUGAUAUCACUCUUGAGUGUGUCGUAACCUCACCAUUACUGAGAUACAACAGUAUUUACUACUUGAAGCGAGGAAGCGAAGCUGCGUGUGUCAAGCUAGCUGAACUUGAUCAAUAUAAGACCGGAGGUUGGAGGACUUUGCCUUCAAAAUAAAGUUGCUACAUAUAUUUGUAUUGACAAUAAAUAACGAUGUUCGGGAUUGGACCGACACGUAACGCUUGAACAACACGACAGUCGACUUUUUAUCAGCAGCAGAGAUCUCCGCAUUUAGUACCGUGGUACAAGGCACUGAAGGCAGUAUCGAUGCGUCUCCGUUCGUUUUAUUUUGGAAGCUGCGAACGGAAAUCGUGCUUUGUUUCUAUUUGACACACUGAUAGGAAGUGGGAUGUGGCCAGGGUGUAUUUAUGCUUCUGUUUAAGAUAUGAAAAUCAUUGAAUUAGCACUGCUUCAGGAGCCCUGUUUCACCACCGGACACGGCAGUGUUGCUUUCCGUCAAGGUGGUUGUUCUCGGUGGUACAAAACUGCGAACCCAAGCGAAGCUGCUGUGCUGGUUUCAUCUGGACUGGACCAUAUCCAUGAGGGCUUUUCAACCUCACGCCCUAACAGUUUGUGUGCGGGGCUGUAUUCUGUGCUUACGUAAUAAUAACAGUAUGUGAAUCGAUAGUCACAUCGUUGACUUUUUAUUUUUUCUUAAGAAAAAAGACUGUGCUUCUCCCCCUUUUUAUACAUUUUUUGGUGCAAAUGUCAACAACUCAGCGUCAAGUGAUGAUGGAGUCCUCUCUAGGUCUCGGAAGACUGGAACUGACCCCCAGUUCAGGAGCUGGUGGGGUCAGCCUGACCCCGCGGCUCUCCGGCGGGCACCCCGCGAAAGACAAGUGCGGUCAGCUGCCACUGGGGCCACAAGUCCAGGCUCACCUGAACGGCUGCGUCCCGCUGUCACAUCAGGUGGCGGGUCACAAGUAUGGAGUGGAUACAGUGGGUAUUUUGCAGCAUCCCGAUGGAACAGUCCUGAAGCAACUUCAGCCUCCACCCAGAGGUCCACGAGAGAAGCAGUUUUACAGCAUGGUGUAUGCAGAGGACUGCUGUGAUCCAUGCCUUCUGCAGCUGCAGAACCAUCUACCCAAGUACUACGGGACCUGGUCCUCUCCUGACAGCCCCAAUGACCUGUACCUGAAGCUGGAGGAUGUGACCCGACGCUUCGUCAAGCCGUGCAUCAUGGACGUGAAGCUGGGCCAGCGGAGCUACGAUCCAUUCGCCUCGCAAGAGAAACGGGAACAGCAGAUCAGGAAAUACCCACUGAUGGAGGAGAUAGGCUUUCUGGUCCUUGGCAUGAGGGUGUAUAAGAUGUGCAGUGACACAUUUGACUCCUAUGACCAGCACUACGGGAGGGGACUGGCUAAGGACACCAUUAAAGAUGGCCUGGCUAAAUUCUUCCAUAAUGGCGUUAGUCUGAGGAAGGAUGCAGUGUCAGCCAGCAUCCGCAGAGUACAAUGUAUCCUCCGCUGGUUUGAGUCGCAGCAGCAGCUGGCCUUCUACGCCAGCUCCCUUCUAUUCGUCUACGAGGGCCUCCCCUCCUCUUCCUCCUCCUCCUCCCUUUCGUCCUUUCUCAGCACGCCGCCGAUCAGCCCAACUGCGGGGAAAACUGCCUCGUUGUCAUUGGCGGAUGACAGCGGCCGAUGUGGGGAGGGGAAAGUGAGACAGGAAGGGGCAAGGCCCGGAGAGGAAGUGGCUGAGUACAACAACAACAACAUUCAGGUGCCAGUGCCCUGGGACUACAGCCUGUCCACCAUCUACACCAACCACAGGAAAGGUGGUCACCACCUCUGUGCCAAGGGUCAUCUCUGUGGCAACAGCGGAGACGGUGAUGCUGUGCAGACGACACUGAGCUCCGUUUCUGGAGAUAACAUCCCAGCACCGUGUGAAGAAGACAACUCUGCAUGGAAACGGACAGGUGAGUCGCAGCAACCACCAAACGGAAACGGAAACAAAUCACAACUGGAAGGGAAGGAUGAGGAUGGAGAGAGGGAGGGCAGAGGCAGGAGAGAAGCAGAGGAGGAGCUGAAAGGACGAGGAGGCAAUGCAACAGAGGGUGGUGGAGGAGACACGGAGGUGGAGGUCAGGAUGAUCGACUUUGCCCACGUUUUCCCGAGCGAGAGCCACGAUCACGGCUACAUCUACGGCCUCAAGAACCUGCUGACCGUGCUGGAGCAGAUCCUCUGUGACGCUGCCUAGAGCUCUCACUCCUCCCUACCUUCUCUUUACCUCCUGACCUGCUCAGUCAACCACUGUCCCCCUUCUGUCAACCCUCCUUUCUUCUCAAAAGACAGAAACCUUUAGAGUCGCGAGGGAAGAAUCAAAGAAGUGAAUAUUAAAACCGAUCAUCAUCAUCAUCAUCGUCAUCAUCAUCAUCUCACCUGUUUGUGAUGGUUCGUCGGUCAUAUGUGUGUCUGUGUUUGUGUGUCUCUUGUCUGUUUGUGAGCAAGGUGGGUAUACUAGAGGCUGACAGUUGUGUUCUCUCCCCCCCCACCUGUGAUCAGCAGCACUACAUGCACUAAUCAAUCCAUGAAGGCAUUGCGACCCUGUACUUAAACACAGCAUCUUUGGCUGCAUGAUUAACUGAUGCUCAGACAAGCCCUGUAACGUCACAACGACUUCACCUUUAGUCCAUUUGAAAUGCAUUCAUAGAAAAUAGGGUUAUAUGUUUACACCAUAGCCACUGGUAGGUUUCUGUUAAAAUCGCAUAUCAGUACACCUCAAAUUAGGCCUGGGCUGGGCAAUAUAAAAAUAUUUCGACAGGCAUUUCUCAAGCACCAGACAUUUUUCUAUACCACUAAUACAGUAGUAGCUGUCCCUUUUUUAAUAUCUCUGAUUGUGUCAGUCCCUAAAUACUGGAAAUCAGUGAGCAGCACUGUUGUACUGUAUGUAAUAUCCCUUUUACAUGAGUUUUGCGUCAAUGUUUUUUUUUUCGUUCUACUAUAUUAGCUAGAAGCAGACAUUCCCAUCUGUUCCCUACAGUUUCUCAAUUUCUAGGAAAUGGACAUGGAUAUAUAUCAAUAUUGCAGUAAGAUUAUGAUUACUUACGCUGUAAUAAAAGAUUUUAUCACCCUUAAUCCCAACUCAAGGUCCACUCACCAGCUUUUUCCAGAGAUUUCGGCAGUGUCACACAUUUUACAUCAGUUGUGAUGGUGAUUGACCUGUUGACAUGGAAGCUUAGUAGCUGUUAUGAUUUCACCCUUAGCCAUCCAAUGCUUCUACUAAAACAAAGGAGCGUUAUGACGACUGAAAUUAUAAGCACAAAUUCCUAAUGGAUCAGGCUUCAUAUGGCUGAUACAGCCAUUCACAAAUUCCUGGAUCAGGCCCACUCCCGAUCCUGUGGAUUGGAUUCCAUUCUCCUGCACAAAUGGGGUUCAUCAGCAGAUGGAGUUUGCUCAUUUGUCAUGGAGUUGUCGAUGUACAACAUCAGUAGCUGUUCUGAUUUCAUCAGUUGCCCUGUGGAUUGGGAUUGGGUCCUCAGGAUUCCACAGGAUUUGGGCCGGUACCACUGGUUUUGAAAAAUUAUAUAUGAUAAAAAUUGAUUUUAGGUUUUCUGUGAACUUAAAAAAAUCAGCGAUAAAGAGUUUGGUGUGCGUUUUGGUUAAGAUGAGGUGUACUCUACUGCAGUAACCGUUGGACAUGUUAGCACGAUUAAACUUCAUUCUGCUACUUAUUCGCAUCCUGGGCAUCCACUGCCCUAAACUGGAUUUGGACCAUUUAAGUUUACAGUACACUUUUAAAUUACAAACAAACCAGGGCUGGGAAACAGAAGUCUGAAGAAGAAGUUUUUUUUGUUGGUCUCCAUUGAAACCAACAACUGAACAUUUCAGAAUGGCCUCUGGAAGUGUGUGAGCAUUGGCUAAAACUAGAAGUCUGGUGAAUGUUGAGGUUUAAGUCGGGUCGUCCUUUUGUUUUUGUUUAAAUCCCUGUCUACAGGUAUCUAACUCAGGUAAAUUUACUGUAAGGAAAAAAAAAAGACUUAAUAUUGCUACUAUUACCCUGUCAGCAAGAUGAUCCUCAUGCUGUCUGGUUGUUUAGUUCUAAACGAUUGUUUUAUUGAGUCUUAUGCAAUGUUUAGUUUAUCUCAUGAUUGUCCUUAUCUCAUUAAUGUUGACCUUCGAGUCAUGUUCCUUGCGUGUUGUAUUAUCUUUUACCAUGGCUGUUGUAAUCGUUGUACAUGUUCGGGCCCCCGUUCUGAGAGCCUGUGCUCUCUGCUGUGUUUAUUCCAGUUAUUUGGUGUCCCCUCUCUUUCUGCUCUUAUAUUGCUGAUAUCAUACAUUGUGCUCACAAUUCUAUUUAUGUUUUAAAACCUACUUAUAUCAAAAGGUAACAUUGCUAAUGGUUUAGAUGUCAGUGCCAUGGGCUAGUAUUAACCAUGAGCUAUUCUAUGAUUUAGUUAUUGAUGAUAAGUUAUUAUAAUGUAAUUCAUUGAGUUAUGGGCCACAAUAGUGAAAUCAACCAUUUCCCUUCCCAAAUUCUGGAAAGAUGAUUGUUUGGAAGUGUUUUUUUUGUGGGGUGUAACACUGUAUGACACAUGAUGUGUUGUGAUUGGUUAUCAUAUUACCAAGCAUGAUAAAACCUCCCUAAGGAUUUUAAGAUUGUAGUAAAAAGAUAUUUGAAACAUGCUGCUUAAAUGCGAGUCGACUGACAGACUCACCAGAGAGGGACAGGAUGCUAAAGAGAGGAAGACUCACCAGAGAGGGACAGGAUGCUAAAGAGAGGAAGACUCACCAGAGAGGGACAGGAUGCUAAAGAGAGGAAGACUCACCAGAGAGGGACAGGAUGCUAAAGAGAGGAAGACUCACCAGAGAGGGACAGGAUGCUAAAGAGAGGAAGACUGACCAGAGAGGGACAGGAUGCUAAAGAGAGGAAGACUGACCAGAGAGGGACAGGAUGCUAAAGAGAGGAAGACUGACCAGAGAGGGACAGGAUGCUAAAGAGAGGAAGACUGACCAGAGAGGGACAGGAUGCUAAAGAGAGGAAGACUCACCAGAGAGGGACAGGAUGCUAAAGAGAGGAAGACUCACCAGAGAGGGACAGGA